AACGACAAGUCCGUUGUUUAGGUAGUACAAGCCCCGCCCCCGGGGCGUCUACAAGCGCCGCCCCUCAGCGUGGAUCCAAAUUACAGACGACCAGAAUCCGCUCGCUAGCCUAGCCGACUGUUAGCCUCUGAUAAACCAGUCCUGUUUCCUGAACUCAGAGCGAACGCUUGAUUGACAGCCGAGUGGACCAGUGAUGGAGGAGCUACAUGAUGUUCAGCUGACUGAGAUCAAACCACUGCUAACAGGACAGAGUGGAACCAACCUGCAGGACUUCGACUGUCAGGAGCAUGAUGUGGAGACCCCCCAUGGAGUGCUGCAUGUCACCAUGAGAGGGGUUACCAAGGGCAACCGUCCCACCAUCCUCACCUACCAUGACAUCGGGCUGAACCAUAAGUCUUGUUUCAACAGUCUGUUUAACUACGAGGACAUGCAGGAGGUGACCCAACAUUUCUCUGUCCUGCAUGUGGACGCCCCGGGACAGCAGGACAACGCCCCCCCCUUCCCUUCAGGGUACAAGUACCCCACCAUGGAUGAGUUGGCAGAAAUGCUGCCUUGUGUCCUCACUCAGCUACAGGUAAAGAGCGUCAUCGGUAUUGGAGUCGGAGCUGGAGCUUACAUCCUCACAAAGCUGGCUCUGACCGAGCCGGCCUUGGUGGAGGCUCUGGUUCUGAUCAACGUCGACCCCUGCGCCAAGGGCUGGGUGGACUGGGCCGCAGCCAAGUUCAGCGGCUGGACCAGCACCCUGGUGGACAAUAUCAUGAGUCACCACUUCAGUCCGGACGAGAUAUCUGACAACCUGGAGAUCAUCCAGACGUUCCGCCUGCACAUCUCCCAGGACAUCCCCCAGGAGAACCUGGGCCUGUUCUACACCAGCUACGACAGUCGUCUUGAGCUGCCGAUUGAGCGUCCGAUCCCUGGCCUGAACGAACACACAGUCACCACCCUGAGCUGCCCUGCCCUCCUGGUGGUGGGGGACACUUCGCCCGCCGUGGAUGUCGUGGUGGAAUGUAACUCCAGACUCAACCCCACCAAGACCACCCUGCUGAAGAUGGCAGACUGUGGCGGGCUGCCCCAGGUGGUGCAGCCAGGGAAGCUAGCGGAGGCGUUUAAAUACUUUGUCCAGGGAAUGGGCUACAUGCCCACCGUCAGUAUGACUCGUCUGGUCCGCUCCAGAACUCACUCUGCGUCCAGCAUUGGGUCAGGGGAGAGCAUUCGCAGCCGCGGUACCGCCAGCGGCCUGACAGAGGGCGCCACCACCCCAAAACACAUGCCAAGCCUCCCCAUGGAGGUCAGCGCCUAAACAACCCAGCACCCUCCCCUUCCUCCCCGCAGUUGAUGUACUCUGAACUAGUAGUGACUGCAUGACCUCCCGACCAGCAGACGUUAUUUAUUGGAAACAUUUCGUCCUCCAUCUUCCGUUCAGCUUGCUCUCGUUAGUACCGGUCUUUUUCUUAAAUCCUUACUGUAGCCGCCCGCUCGGGUAGCUUCUCUAACUAGCAUAGUGGCUCUGUGUUAGCUUCUCUAGCUAGCAUAGCGGCCCUGUGUUAGCUUCUCUACCUAGCAUAGCGGAACUGUGUCAACGGUGCGUGAGCAGAAGUAGUGUACCUUGAAUAGUCUCCAUUGGCUGCUGUGUUACUGCAUGGCCAUGUGUCGCUGCCCCCUAGUGGACGGAGGUUCUGUGAUUCUGUUCUCUACUGGAAUCCUUCAACACCCAGUACCGUUUCCAUGUCUAGUUAGAUGAUGUCCAAGCCCAGUUCAGUUUGAUAUAUAAGGUCAUUAACCAGGAAAGCCUGGUUCAGUUUGAUACGGUUAUUAUUUCUGUGCCCAUCUUGAUGUACUAUUUAUUACAUUGUAUUUAUUACGAUUUGUAUGGAAAGAUGUUGUUUGUACUGAAACUUAAACAUUUGUACUAAAUAAAACAUGU